CAGAAACGAGAAAACGCGGAAACAGAAGGAGCGGUUGGAGAGAGGUGCAACCGGCUACUACAACACACGCAGGCUACUCAACCCGCUCUUUCUGUUCUUAUACCGGGUGUUGUCGGUUUUUUUUUUAUCGUGAAGUUGUCGGAUAAGACACCUUUAUCUGGGACAAAAGGAUUUUCUCCUGUUUGAGAGUAUCAUUCAGGAUUGAGAAUGGGGAGCAGGGAAGAGGAACGGCGAAAACUCGCCGACAUCAUUAACCACUGGAACGCCAACCGGCUCGACCUGUUCGAGAUCAGUCAGCCAACGGAGGAGCUGGAGUUCCAUGGCGUGAUGCGCUUCUACUUCCAGGACCGCGUGGCGGGGAACUUCGCCACCAAGUGCAUCAGGGUGUCCAGCACGGCCACCACGCAGGACGUCAUCGAGACGCUGGCCGAGAAGUUCCGGCCGGACAUGCGCAUGCUCUCCUCGCCGCGCUACUCCCUCUACGAGGUGCACGUCAGCGGGGAAGAACGGAAGUUGGACCUGGAUGAGAAGCCACUGGUGGUGCAGCUCAACUGGAACAAGGACGAUCGCGAGGGCCGCUUCGUGCUCAAGAACGAGAACGACAUCAUCCCCAAGAAGACACAGAUCAAUGGGCCAGAGAGGGAAAAAGAAGGCGUCAUUCAGAACUUCAAACGGACGCUGUCCAAGAAGGAGAAGAAAAAGGAGAAGAAGAAAGACAAGGAGGCCUUCGCCCGCAUCCCAGAUGGAGAUGAGAGUGCCCUCAACAGAGAGGACGGGGAGAACUCGCGGCUGGCGGUGGAGGUGUACAAGGAGAUGCCGGAGACUAGCUUCACGCGCACCAUCUCCAACCCUGAGGUGGUCAUGAAGAGGAGGCGGCAGCAGAAGCUGGAGAAGAGGAUGCAAGAGUUCCGCAACAACGACGGACGGCCCGACUCAGGGGGGACACUGCGGAUCUAUGCCGACAGCCUGAAGCCCAACAUCCCGUAUAAGACCAUCCUGCUGUCCACCACAGACACGGCCGACUUUGCAGUAGCCGAGGCGCUCGAGAAGUACGGCCUGGAGAAGGAGAACCCCAGAGACUACUGCAUCGCUCGGGUGGUCCACUCAGAAGAUAAACCUGUGAAGGAGACAAUCCUGGACGACACAGAGUGCCCACUGCAGAUCUUCCGGGACUGGACCAGUGAUAAAGAGGCCUUAGUGUUCCAGCUCAAGAAGAGACCCCCAGACUAUGUUCCAAAGAAGGGCCACAAGCCAGCCGACAGGCGUGGCUCGGUUCCCCCAGAGAAACUGCCCUACCUGGUUGAGCUCAGUCCAGGCCGCGGGAACCACUAUGGCUACUACGCCUAUCGCCACCACGAAGACGGCUCCGACUCGCGGGAUAAGCCCAAGUUGUACCGCCUCCAGCAGAGCGUCACUGAGGUGGGCUCUGACUGCACUGACGACGGCUCCAUACAGCUCUUUGGUCCAGGCGUGCUUCCCCAUCACUGCAACCUGCUGCACGCCGACGGCUUGGUGACGGUCACCCCGGCGAGCGCGGAGGCGGAGACGCUGGUGGACGGCCAGCGGGUCAUCGACACCACCCUCCUGCGCAGCGGCGCCACGCUGCAGUUUGGCCACGCCCACGUCUUCAAGUUCGUGGACCCCGCCCAGGAGCACCUCGUCGGGAAGCGCGAGCCGGGACCCAUGAUGAAGGGACGGCACAAGUCCGGCAGCGUCCCGGAGACGACCUUUGACCCACACGGUGACAUCCACGCCUCCGGACUCCCCACCAGCAAGAGCUCAGGGAAGUUGGAUAUGGAGCGAGCAGGAAAUGGCAGUGAGAGGGGCAUGGUCAAGCCAAUGAUCCGUGGAGAGCAGCAGGACUUCAGCAAGCAUGACGGCAGGUCCCUGGACGGCCUGGGCCCCGAGCUUACGCUGCCGGCCAGCAUCGAGUUCCGGGAGAACUCUGAGGACGCCUUCCUGUCGGCCAUCAUCAACUACACCAACAGCUCGACGGUGCACUUCAAGCUGUCGCCCACCUACGUGCUCUACAUGACCUGCCGCUACGUCAUGUCCAGCCACUACCGGCCCGACAUCAGCCCGUCCGAGCGCACGCACAAGGUCAUCGCCAUCGUCAACAAGAUGGUGAGCAUGAUGGAAGGCGUCAUCCAGGAGAUUGCUGACGGUGAUCAGAAGCAGAAGAACAUCGCGGGUGCUCUGGCCUUCUGGAUGGCCAACGCCUCCGAGCUGCUCAACUUCGUCAAGCAGGACAAGGACCUGAGCCGCAUCACACUGGACGCACAGGACGUGCUCGCCCACCUCGUACAGAUGGCUUUUAAGUACUUGGUCCAUUGCUUGCAGUCUGAUCUCAACAACUACAUGCCUGCUUUUCUGGAUGACCCAGAGGAGCAGAACCCCCAGAGGCCUAAAAUAGAGGACGUCCUCCACACGCUGACGGGCGCCAUGUCCCUCUUGCGGCGCUGCCGAGUGAACGCGGCGCUGACCAUCCAGCUGUUCUCCCAGCUGUUCCACUUCGUCAACAUGUGGCUCUUCAACAAGCUGGUGACGGAGGCGGACUCGGGCCUCUGCUCCCACUACUGGGGUGCCAUCCUGCGCCAGCAGCUCAGCCACAUUGAGGCCUGGGCCGAGAAACAGGGCCUGGAGCUGGCCGCCGACUGCCACCUCAGCCGCAUAGUGCAGGCCACCACCCUGCUGACCAUGGAUAAGUACUCCAUGCAGGACGUGCAGAACAUCAACAACACUUGCUUCAAGCUUAACUCACUGCAGCUCAACGCCCUGCUCAGCAACUACCACUGUGCCCCCGACGAGCCUUACAUCCCCCCUGAGCUGAUUGACCACGUGGUGGCGGUGGCGGAGAACACAGCGGACGAGCUGGCACGCAGCGACGGGCGCGAGGUGCAGCUGGAGGAGGACCCUGACCUGCAGCUGCCCUUCCUGCUGCCCGAGGACGGCUACUCGUGCGACGUGGUGCGCAACAUCCCCAACGGCUUCCAGGAGUUUCUAGAGCCCCUCUGCCAGAGAGGCUUCUGUCGUCUGACCCCUCACCCCCGCUCUCCCGGCACCUGGACCGUCUACUUCGAAGGAGCCGACUGUGACAGCCACUUCUCCGCUGACAACUCUGAGCUGCCAAUGCGGAAGGAUCCGGAAAUCGUGACCGUCACGCUCAAGAAGCACAAUGGCAUGGGCCUCAGCAUCGUGGCUGCCAAGGGUGCUGGCCAGGACAAGCUGGGUAUCUACAUCAAGUCCGUGGUCAAAGGAGGAGCUGCAGACAUGGAUGGGCGUCUGGCUGCAGGAGAUCAGCUGCUGAGUGUAGAUGGCAGAAGUUUGGUUGGCCUCUCCCAGGAAAGGGCGGCGGAGUUGAUGACCCGUACAGGUUCUGUGGUGACGCUGGAGGUGGCCAAGCAGGGUGCCAUCUACCACGGCCUGGCCACACUUCUCAACCAGCCCUCCCCUAUGAUGCCCAGAGCGAACGACCGUUCUCGGGACAAGGGCAAGUUGCGACCAAAGAGCGAGGGCUUCGAGCUCUACAACAACACGGCGCAGAACGGCUCCAGCGAGAGCCCCCAGGGUAACUGGGACAACUACCCCGAACCAAAGAAGACUAGCGGUGAGGAGCGGCUGCUGAAGAACCGCGCUGACCACCGCUCCAGCCCCAACGUGGCCAACCAGGCUCAGAGUCCAGGGGGAAAGCCAGUGUACCCUGGAGGACCAGGGAAGAUCACCUCCGUCUCCACUGGCAACCUCUGCGCAGAUGAGGAGCCGUCUCCCCCUCGUCCCGAGGCCUACCCCAUCCCCACCCAGACGUACCCCAGAGAGUACUUCACAUUCCCAGCCUCCAAAUCUCAGGACCGGGUGGGGCCUUCGCCCAGCGAGGACAGGCCCCCGAUGGAGGUCCAUCACAACAACAACAUGUCCAUGCAGAGAGUGGCCCACUCUCAGGAGGAGCUGUGUGACGUGCCGGGCGGCUACCUGCAGCAGCAGCAGGAGUACCAGCGCGGCAGCGGCGAGCACUGGAACCAGCAGGUGUCCUCGUCCCUGGAGUCCAGCACGUCCAGCCAGGAGCAGCUCAACUACUCCAACGCCUCCGUCGGCUCGGGCGGCAAGGGCCCCGGCAACCACAAGAGCGGGCCGGGCCGCUGGAAGACCCCAGGGCCCAACCCCCCACCGCCCGGUCCCCCCCACGGCCAGUCCACGCGCACCGACCUGCCCCCCCCACCGCCGCCUCCGCCGGCCCACUACGACUACGAGCCCCAGCCCGAGAUUCCGCUGCCCCCGCCGCCCGUCUCCCAGCAACAGCAUCAGCAGGCGGCCGCCGCCGCUGACCGCAAGAAACGCGAGGAGCAGCAGCGCUGGUACGAGAAGGAGAAGGCGCGGCUGGAGGAGGAGCGCGAGAGGAAGAGGCGGGAGCAGGAGCGGAAGCUGGGCCAGAUCCGCACCGCACCUGGCCCGGGCCCGGCGCACGGCCAGCACGGCACCCUGCCCCACAUGCCGCCGCCGCACCACCACCACCCCCACAGCAUGCCCCCGCCGGGCGGCCCUGGGCCCCUGCACAUGCCCCCGCAGAUGCCCCCGCAGCAGCAGCAGCAGCCCUACAUGCCCCCCCAGCCCCAGCCCACGCCGGCUCCCGCGCCCCCGGUCCGGCCCGAGAAGCUGUCCAGCCUGCCGCGUGGCAUGUCGGGCCCAGGGGCCCCUCCGCCGCCCAGCGGGGACACGGUGAUCCGCGAGCUCCUACCGCAGCAGCAGCCGCGCACCAUCGAGCGGCGCGACCUCCAGUACAUCACCAUCAGGAAGGACGAGCUGGCCGCCGCCAGCGACUCGCUCUCGCCCGACCCCUGGAAGCGCGACGCCCGCGAGAAGCUGGAGAAGCAGCAGCAGCUGCAGAUCGUGGACCUGCUGGACAGGGAGAUCCAGGACCUACAGGCCAAGCCCGAGCGCACGGCCGAGGAGAGCGACCGCCUGCGCAAGCUCAUGCUGGAGUGGCAGUUUCAGAAGCGGCUGCAGGAGUCCAAGCAGAGCGACGACGAGGACGACGACGAGGAGGACGACGACGAGGAUGUGGACACCACCCUCAUCAUGCAGAGGCUGGAGGCCGAGAAGCGAGCGCGGCAGACUGCUGUCCCAGCAAUCUCUGUUCUAGACUUGUUGCAGGACGAGGAGCGGAGGAGAAAGCAGCAGCUGGAGGAGAUCCGCAAGCGAGAGGCUGAGGACCGGGCCAAGCAGGAGGAGGAGAGACGCUGGCGGGAGGAGGAGAGGGCCCGGCGCGAGACUGAGGAGAAGAGGAGACAGGAGGAAGAGUACUAUAACCGCCUGGAGGCGGAGAGGCGUCGGCAACAUGAAGAGGCCGAGCGCAAGCUGCUGACCCCCGAUGAGCCUGGUCUGUACAGACCGCCCCUCCCCAAGGACUACCAGCCCCCCCCUCCCGCCUCUCCCGCCAACACAGCCAACACUAACCACAGCAACAGCAGUGCUCCACCACCCCCCCCCCAGAGAAACACCUCUUACCUCAAAACCCAGGUCGCCUCCCCCGACACCCUGUACACUGCCAAGUUUGUCUCGUACAAUGAUGAGGAGGAUGAGGAUGAGGAUGCUGGCCUAGCAGGUCAGGUUAAGCUUUCCGCGACCCGGAAGUCAUACGGCGACCUCCCACCCGCCGCGCAUAAGCCACAGCCGCCGCCCCUUGCGCGAAAGCCCCGCCCAAUGUCCGACGGGAUCUUUCUGUCCAGUCAGUUCCACCUGCCUGCUGACAAUGCCAACAGUACUACUGGCCGGGCAGGCCACGCCCCUCCACUCCCUUCCACCAAACCCAACUUCAUUCCACCAUCCAAUUCUAAAGCAGGAUUUAAUUCGUACACUGGAAACACAACAGGGCUUGUAGGAUCGGGAGAAGUUUACAAGGAAAAAUGGAUUAAAAGUGUGCCAGAGCAGGACAACACGAUCGCAGGUAACCCCGAGAGCCUCACCUUUAAGGAACGCCAGCGUCUAUUCUCCCAGGGAAAGGAGGUGUCCAACAAGGUCAAGGCCUCACGGAAACUAAUGGAGCUGGAGAAUGAACUGAACACAAAGUAGACUGGAGCCUUAGUUAGGGAAACACGAAUGCCAGUACCUGGUCGUAGUACUGGGAAUCUAGUUUGAGUUUCCCAAUUACCUUGUUUUCCUUCUUCAAAUCUUUUUUUUUGUUUUGUUUUUGGUUUUAAGAGAGUAACUGGACCAUUAAAUACUAUUUAGAUACGUCAUUGCAAUAAGAGAGACGAUACUGCGUAAUUUCCCCUCUAAAGAUUCAAAGAUUAUUAUUGAAAAAGCACUGUAAAAUGUUUUAAUUAUUUUAUUGAGAAAUUUUCAAUCACAUGAAGGGGGUUAUAUUUUGGUUUCAAUGACUUUUGGGGGGAAAAGAUGCAUUAUUUUGUCAUUUUUAUGUUUUUUUUUUAUUAGUAUACAGUAAUGUGGGAUAUUUUAUGGUGUUUUAUGCUCUUCUCUGCAUUGCGUAUUUCCCACUUAUUUUUAUGUUUUCCAUGAAAAUAAGUAUUCAAACUCGACCAACCUUUUACUGUUAUUAACGCUGCCCUAUACUCUGUGAGCGUACUCUGCUUUCAGAUUUAGAAUUUGUUAUAUGAUGGGAAUUAGUCAUCAUCCAGACAGAACGCCACCGCCCAUUCCAUUUCACCACUAAUGCAGGUAUCACGAGGGACCGUUUCACUGAAGGUUCCACCUGUUUGUAUAGCUACACUGUAAAACCUGUUUUCAUCAAUUCCAUUGCAAGCUAACAAGGGCGUUCUCUAGAGCAUUACUCUUCGGAAAAAAAUACUGUCAUCUCAAUGCCUCUGAGCAGUUUGUACUCAUUGGAAAUGAAACAUUAAACAUUCCUGCAAGAACAUUUAGACAGGCAACAUGUAUCUUUCAGGUUUUUCUUCACCGUCUGAAAAUUUGCCAUUUUUUGCCCCAAAGUUUGAUAUUUUAGUGGUCAUUUUUUCCUGUGACCUCUCUUUGCAGUUUUUUUUUUUCUUUUUUUUGAACUCUUGUUUGAUUUGAAUGGAUAUUUGCGUAGUUGAGUGGCAGUGUGAUCAACUGGUGUAAAAAUGACCAGUAUGACAAUGAUGAGUCAAGAAUGGGAAAUUAUUUCAUUUCAAAUUUAAAUAACAAACACUAAAUGUAGGAAUGUAACAUUUGCGUAGAAAAUAUUUAUUUGAUCGUCAUGCAAUAGAUUUGUUUUCCUAUUUAUGAAAAUCUGUUUUAAUUGAAACGAUGAAAAGGAAACAUUUGAAUCGUACUGGUUUCUUUUUUCCCCUACUAUUUUUUUUUUUUAACUGAACAUGCCUAAUUCCAGUGAGGUGUGUUUUUUCAUUGUUUUAGGUUCCUUACUCCGCAGUAUUGGAGGUAAACAGUUGAUGCAGGAUUAAUUUGUGUUGCGUCUCCAGAUACACCUGCAUCUCUCCGUUCACAAAUGUCUAGACUUACUGAACAUGUUGUGUAAAUAAUUUUCAAGAGAUCAAAGAAGACCUGACUUUACUUUGUACAUUUUAAUUAAUUAUCUAUAAGGCUCUAGUGUCAAUAUCCCCCUUUUCUGCUCAGAAAAUGUAAACUGACAUGUAAACACAUGUUUUUCAUUUUAGGUUACAGGUUUAUUUGGUUUCAUUUUAUUGGUUGUUUCAUGUUAGGCUUUUGUAAAUCAAAUAAAUACAGAUUUUACAAAAAACAUGGAAUUGUCUGUACAAUUUGUAUAGAAUUAUACAAAGUAUUAUUUUUCACAUAUUUAGCCUUGGAACAAGUUGCCACUGUUAUAUAGCCAGUUAUGUCAGCAUCGGUUUAAGUAAUCAGUCAAAAUGAGCAUUGGAUCUUUACACUUACCAAGUUUUGACUCUAAAGGAGUUACAAACAUGUCUGUGGUUGCAACACACAAUGUCUUAUAUUUUUCAAAAUAAAAAGUGAAUUACAUUGGGGUUAUUUUCUCUUGUGUAUGAGAAUUGUUUGUGGAAAUGGUGUUGCUUUGGUCUUCCUAAAUAAUAUGUAUCCUUUUAUCUGUCCAGUAAUGACCUUUUCAAAGGGAAUGUUGCUCAAGAAGAAUAUAUUGCUGCAAAGUCAGUGGUCGACAGACAUGGAUAAUGGCGAUCGGGGACUCCACUGUAAUAAAGAUAACUGAAGUGAUUUCACGUGGAGACAGGAUUUAAUGUAAAGAUGCUGGAUCAGAGCAGACACCCUGCUGCCUUUGCUGAUUGAUUAGUUUGUUAAAUGUUGGCUGCAUUUGCAGAGAAAGGUAUAUUUUUUUGACAUUUUUAUUUUUUACCAGCUAUUUUUCAGGUCACAGUAGACCUGAUUGUUACAAAUGAAGAGGACACUGAGUGAACCACCUAUUCUUACAAAUCUGAUUCAAAGCUGCUUUCCCCUAAUCUUCCAACAAUUCCAGACUGCUAAAAGAAAAUCCUAAGAUUAAACUACUGUUUCAAGACAUUUGUGGUUGAUAAUGUGAGACCAUGUGGAUAUAAGGACUAACUGUGCCUAUCCCUCUGUAUUCAAACUGUAGCCUACCUUACUUUUAAUAAAGUCUAAUACACCUCUUCUCUUUU